AUGUCAACCACUACCACCACCACCACAAGCACACGAUUCCAGGCGCCGCCAGCAUUGAAAAAUGCUCAGAAUUCACCCUGCAGCAUGUUACGCGUUAGUGGCACGCAGAUUGUCGAUGCCGCAGGAAAGCGGAUCGUCCUCAAGGGCUCGGCCAUAGGCGGCAUGUUAAAUAUGGAAAACUUCAUCACGGGCUACUCGGGCCACGAGCAUGAGCAUCGGGCGGCGUUGGCAGAGGUCCUUGGUGAAGAGAAGGCCCAGUUCUUUUUUGAUCGUCUGCUCCAUUAUUUCUUCACCGAGUCAGACGCUGCCCUGUUUGCGUCGCUAGGACUGAACUGCCUGCGUGUCCCUUUCAACUAUCGACACUUUAUGGAUGACGACAACCCAGAUGUGAUCAAGGAGUCUGGGUUUGAUCUCCUCGACCGCGUCAUCAACGCCUGUGCCAAGUUUAACAUCUACGUGGUCCUAGAUUUACACACUGCCCCCGGCGGUCAGAACCAGGACUGGCACUCGGACUCUGGGAUCAACAAGGCGCUGUUUUGGGAGUUUAGAGACUUUCAAGACAGAGGCAUACAGCUCUGGGAAGCUAUCGCGACCAGAUACGCGGGAAACCCCGUUAUCGCGGGCUACAACCCGCUGAAUGAGCCUGCCGACCCGAAGCACACGCGUCUGAUCGGUUGGUACGAGCGCGCGGCCAAAGCCAUCCGGGCCAAGGACCCAGACCACAUCCUCUUCUUGGACGGCAAUACCUAUGCCAUGGACUUUUCUCAGUUUCCGGUCGACAAGCCCCUUGCCAAUGCUGUCUAUAGCUGCCAUGACUACAGCUUCUACGGAUUCCCACUCCCGGAGCAGUACGAAGGCACGGACGAACAGAAGAAGAAGCUCCGGGAGAGCCUCCAGAGGAAAGUGGAGUAUAUGCAGAAGGCCGGGGUGCCGAUCUGGAACGGCGAGUGGGGUCCUGUGUACCAAGACCCGAGGACGGAUCCCAAUGCCGAACAAACCAACCAGAAGCGGUUCGCACUGCUGAAGGAGCAGCUUCAGAUCUAUCGUGAGUUUGACGACAUCUCCUGGAGCAUCUGGCUCUACAAGGAUAUCGGGUACCAGGGGAUGGUCUAUCUCGACCCCGAGAGCCCAUACAUGAAGCUCAUCAGACCUUUCGUUGAGAAGAAGCAGCGUCUCGGCGUUGACUUCUGGGGCGUAUCGGACAAGAGCGCCAUUGACAGUUCCGUGUACCAGCCUCUCAUUUCCAAGCUGAAGGAAUCCAUCCCGGCGCAUCUGCUGAAGAAGAAGUACCCCAAGAUCUGGACCUUUGAUAGACAGGUAGAGCGCGCGGUGCGAGAGACACUGGUUAGCGAGUAUCUCGGCUGGGAAAUGGCGGAGCUGUUUGCUGGCAAGACUAUGGAGGAGUUGGAUGAGUUGGCUGCGAGCUUCUCGUUGGAAAAGUGCAAGUUGAGGGAUCAACUGAACAGUAUUCUGCGUGAGGACGCCGAUCUCUCGUGA